AGCCAUUUCCGUAACAACAGGUCGGUUACUCGGUACACUAAGGUGUACAGUACUCAGAAAUUUACUUGUCAUGAGUUUGGCUAAGUUCUUUUCCGAACGGCCUCAAUGCACUAGCUCUUUUUCAUCUGAUACGGAAUGGAAACAGCACGAAGAAGAGCACAGAAAGGAAGAUUUAUUGCUCAAUAAUAGUGUAUCGUCAUCUGUUGAGAGCACACAAAAGAAAGCCAGAAAUAAAUGCCUUGACUGUGGGCUUCAGUAUAAGACACAGCAAACACUAAAACGACACAGGAGGAAACAACAUGGUGCUGGCUACGAGAAAGACAUUUGGCAUAAAUGCAUGGUUGAAGAAUGUGGUUUGAAAUUUAUGCAAGUGAAGAGUCUAACAGAACACAUGGUGUCACAUCAUCACAUGAACAUGGGAAUACGUGAACUUGAAUUCAAUAGCAGUGAUGAAUUUUUUUGAGUGGAAAAAGGAGGAACAGAGGAAGACAUGCACAUACUACAGAAGAGAGAGGUCAAAGAAGCCAACCCAAGGUUGUAGCACAAUUAUAGUGUGUAUUACGCUUACUGCAUAUGCAUAAGAAACAGGGGAGAGAAGCAGGGCACGUGCUUCUUCAACUUCCAGCAAACUGAGUAGAUCUUAUGAAGUCGCAUAGUGCUCUAAACAUGCCUGACAUUCACGCACGCUGCUUUGCUGUGUUAGCUGUAUAAGACUUGUGAUAUAAACAUACAAUCAGCCGAGUUGUUGCUCUGUACCAUGCCCUGGUAGACAGACGUGUGUCCUUCUAACUGAAUUAGAUUCCUAUACCUAUGUAUUGUGAUUGAUACAUACAGCUACAACUUGAUAUAAUUACCACUGUAAUUGUAGAGUGUCAGACCCUGUACUUUGUCUGCUGUCGAAGUCACAAAGCAAACAAAAAAGACAGCGAAAACAAGAGAAAACCAAGAAUGCAAAAACGAAUGGAAACAAUCUGUCUCUCCAGGAUCAACGCAAAAUUUUAUCCUGCGUCACAGAGAGCACUUCAUAACACGGCAGGACAUUAGGAAUAUUUCCAAGUCAGUUGUAGAUAUGUCUGCAGUGAACCAUGCCGAUGAUGCACAGUCUGUCGUUGCAAUUGUGAAAAAACUAGCCAAUAAGCAAUAUAACCCUGUCUUGUUGCACAAACCAUUUGGCGUGAAGGAUGAAAAUUUCUCUGAAUUACCAGAAGAUUCAUUCAUGUUAGUGAUUCAGACAGAGCAUCAGAAAGAGCUCUUUGAAAAAUUCAGUUCUGGAGUGGUUUGUGUUGACUCAACGCACAACACAAAUCAAUACAACUAUAAACUUAUUACCCUGAUGAUCAGAGAUGAUCAUGGUCAAGGUAAAGACAUUUUAGCCACACAAUCAGUCGUUGAAGAAAUUUUUCUAAUUCUAAAGUCAUUUGCCAUACUUCAUAGGUCGCACAGUAGCUUGGACAAUAAGCAGCAAGGAAGAUCGCCCUUACAUGUACCAGGUCUUUGAAGCUGUCAAAACUGCAUCACCAAAUGCUGUUGUGACAACAUUAAUGAGUGAUGAUGGUAUAAAGUA